UUCAUAUAAUUAUUAUUUAUAUUGAUAAAUGUUCAGUUCCUUAUAAAUUUCAAUUCCUUAAUUAAAAUACACACUAAACGUAUAAAAGUGUAGGUCCUAAUUUCGUGACAUAAAUGUCGUGACAGUUUAUCAUGUGAGUGAUGAGUUGUACACAAAAUGAAGGUGGACCUUUUGUCGUUUUCUUCCUACCAGCAAUUGUUGGCGGCCUGACUAUACUUUUGCUUCGACGGUGGGUUAACGCUCCGACUACUAAUCCACCUUUUAGAGUUUCUAGACGUCGCAAAUUUUACAAAGAUCCGAGUUAUAAGCGUUCCUUGCAACAAAUAACUUGCAAAAUGGUUGCAGCUGGUUCGAAAAAAGCCUCUGGGGCUGCUAAGAAGGCAACAGUAAAUCAAAUAUCUGAUGAAGAUGUCUCGAAUGGCAGGCGUGUUCGACCGCGCCACUCGCCUACCAUGUCGACAAUACCUGAUACAAAAUUCUCAGACAGUCCACCUCCUCCCAAACACAUACCAUUCCCAUACAUCCCUCGUGACGGUGAUAUAUUAUACGAGGUCAUGACAUUCACAUUUACACUUGUGGCUAUGGGGCUACAGUUUUUAAAUUUGUACAGGACUAUGUGGUGGCUACCGCACUCUUAUACAACCCAAGCUAUGAACUUCUACCUGAUUGAUCAGCACUUAGUGGCAUUUAUAGUGACAAUACUAUCCCGGAGAUUGCUUCUGAGCCUGACCAUUAUGUUGUUGAGGUGCAUACUCACACCAAAAAUGCUACCGCACGCUGAGAAAGCAACCAGGUUGUUUAUCCUGGGAGUACUUCUUGGUUCCUUGCUGUGGUGCAGCUACUAUAUAAUACUCAAACAUCCCGUCGUGAAGAUGUUUUAUUUAUGUUAUCCAGCAGUGAUAUACUUUAUUUUGUUUGGUAUGAACGCCGAGCCGUUCCUCGAGUUACAUAAUACAGAGGCACCCCUGAUGCACAGCUGUAGUCAUGAACCGGAGCAAAUAAGGAUAGAGGUUGAGGUUUUAAGGCAGGAUUUCAAUAUGAGAGUCAAAAAAAUACUAUUCAAUUCCAUCGCCGGAGCGUACUACACUAGCUUCGUGCCAUGCUGUUUUGCACAGACAUACCUACAUUACGACGUAGCGUCUGCGGCCCAGCAAGUUGGUCUUGUGUGGGGGGCCUUAUGCGGUCGUUACACGUCACAGUUGCUGCCAGCUUCAUUGACGGACGCACCUCAUAGGGCAUCUGCACAUCUUGGAAGAUGGAUCUCAGUGGCUAUUCCCCGCGACGUGGAACCUCCUGAAUGGUGUGAUGAUCGUCCGUGGUGCGCGGGAGCCCGCGUCUCGUGGUGCGGGGCGGUUUGGCUCGCAGCCGCUCCCGUUGUUUGCGCUACACCGGGAGAGCCGAAACACACGAGGUUUUAUUCCGUGUUCAACAAUCCUUCAAAACUGCUGUGUCUAUUGCUCUGUCUGCAGCUGUCUCUGGUCGCUAUGCAGUUUUUCCUAUUGUUCAGUUUAAUACCGUGGCACAAUUUUCUAUCAAUAAUUAUAUUAUUGUUUAUUAAUUACUACACAUUAUUCAAAAUGCUCCGCGACUAUUUAGUAGCUUGGAAAGUUUACAAAGCGGAGAAUAUGAUACAAGACAGAAAUAUACAGAUACCGGGAAAUUGAAGUGGAGAUAAAAUAUAUCUUAAAAGAUAAAAUGUUUGAUAGAUUUAUUUAACAUUUAAUACGUGACGCUAGUAGUUGACUCUACUCUUCUGCUUUGAGUUUGAAAUUGUCUAUGGUGACAUUUAUACAUGGGUGUUGCCAGAAAUUAAUAAUGAUUUUAUUCAAUACCAUAGACUAGACGCGAUUAGCGUAAAUGUUUAUAAAUGUCAUUAAAAAUAUUUCACUUAAAAGAAUCAACAAUAUUUUUUUCAAUUAGAUCCCAGUAACGCCUGUAGUGUAAAGCUCAAAGAAUAUGUAUUACAUAUACCUAUUUUAAUAUAAUAUAAUGAAUCUAGUCGAACUUAUCUCGCAUAUUAAAAUUUUCGAAAAAUUUGUAACAAAAUUUAGUUUUUUUUUUUAUUUCAUAAUAUUGUCUGUUGUACUUAAAAAUUUCUUAAAAUUAAAUACAUCGUCUUUAUUUCAUGUUUCUCUCGUCUGUCUUAUAUAUCAUAGUUGAUACUAAAAAAUGGACAAAAAAUUUAAACACUUGCCAUA